AUGAUGGAGCGAACAGUCAAGAACAAACGAGUCGAUAGAAUUUCACUGCUACUCCAAGAAUAUAAUAUCGAAAAAAUAAUACACAUAAAGGGUCGUCACAGUUGUUUGCCAGAUUAUUUAUCAAGACAUCCAGUUAAGAACAACGUCGACGACCUAUUUGAUUAUGAUUAUGGGCUCGAUCCGAAACUACGUAACUGGCCACCUUCUCAGGUGUUUGCCCGGGCAGUCACAACCAGAGCCAGAGCCGUCCCUACCCCACAGGUGACAGUCCAACAAGGUCGAACAAGAAAUGAAAAGGAAAAUCCAUACAAGAAACAAUAUAAUACACCGCGAAAACCAGAACAAUCACCAAUAAACGAUCUCACAACGACUGAUGUCUCCUCGAAAACAACCUUUUUAUCGAAAACCACAAUAUCAGCAACAGAUUUUAGUUUGUUAAAAAUAAAACACGAACAACAAACAGAUCCAGACAUACAAGAUAAAAUCAAACAUUAUAAGAAGAAUCAGUCUUAUGAAUUUGUUGAUGGUAUAUUUUAUAAACUUAUUACUCGAGGAACAACAAAAAUUAAAUUACCGUACUUGCCUGCAACAUUAUUUAAAGAAAUUUUAUUUUUAUACUACGAUCAUCCUUCCAGUGCUCAUUUUGGCAUAGAAAGAACAUACAAGAAACUGCAGAACAAGUAUUAUUGGCCGAAAAUGAAACAUACAAUUACAAGUUAUAUACAAUCAUGCUUCAAAUGCGCAAAAUACAAUUACAGGAGAACUAAACCGCCAGGAAAACUGCAGCAAAUACCAGUUCCAGACGAAUUUUUGGGUAUGGUAGGUAUGGAUUUCUGGGGACCAACGCAGCAACCAUCGGCAAAUGGCAAUCAAUACGUAGUCACAAUGACAGAUUAUUUAUCUACGUUCGUUUUUGCAAAACCAACCCCAACAAAUUCAGCAAAAGACGCAUCACAGUUUUUUCCGGAGGUAGUUUGGGGUUACGGUGCUCCAACCAAACUGCUUAUGGAUCAAGGUUCGCACUUCGUCUCUGAAUUAACCAAUGCCAUCGUCAAACAAUGUAAUACAACUCACAUUUUAUCAACUCCAUAUCAUCCGAUGACAAAUGGUCAGACACAACGAUUCAAUGCAACUUUUAGUUCCGCUUUAGCCAAAUUAUGGGAAGAAGGAGCAAACAAUUGGGAUGACUCUGUACCAGCAUGUGUUUAUGCAUAUAACUCAGGUGAACACGCAACGACUAGUUAUUCACCAUUUCAGUUAAUGUUCGGAAGAGAGCCUCGUCUACCAAUUGAAACAAAACAAGCAAAAAUCACUCUCUCUAAGCCGAACAAUUAUUAUGAAUUAAUCCAGAAAUCAAGAGAAAUUUUGAAAAAAUGUACAAAAGCAAAUAUGGAAUAUCAAAAUCAAUUGACAAGAAAAGAUUUGAUCAAAACAGGCCUGAUCCGAAAUAUUUCAUUGAUCAACUUGUUUUGGUGA